GAUAACACAAGACCUUUGCACACUACCUUGGCCUGAGACUGAAGUCUACAAAACCAGCUCGGGGCCAACACAAACUCAACACAACACAAAUGCCCGCCCGGUUCGUGCAGCAGCCAAAAGGAUCACAUGUCCGCAAGCUGAGGUUCUGUUGACAUUCGUCUGCGACAACAAUAUCGGACUGCAAGCUUGCGUGAAACCCGGCACUUUCGGCUUCUCAGAGUCUCGUGCGGCGGCCAACAGCAGCAACAGGGACAAGUAGUCCAGAGUACACAAGCACGCUCCCAAUCUUCAACUUUAACCAAGGCCAGGCAAAAGACCCGUGCAGGUUGGAACCGUAGUACAACCACCACGGGGAACCCCACAACAGCAAAGUCCCCCAACAUCUUUCUUUACUGGACCUCCCUGGGGAAACAGAGAGAGAGAAAAUGGCAUUCCUGCUUGCCCUGCCCACGGAACUCCUCCUCGCCAUAGCGUCCCACCUCCUGGCCGCCAAGAACGGGAAAGGCGACGACGACGACGGCCAGGCAUCCCUCAGCUGCCUCACGCGGACCUGCAAGACCCUACGCAGCCAGCUCGUCGGCACGCUCUUCGCCCACAACGCACGGCACGGAUACGCCUCGGCGCUCCGGUACGGGGCCAUCGUCGGGGACCUGGACAUCAUCAACCUCGCGCUGAGCCAUGCCGGCCAGACCACAGCGGGAGGGACCAGCAGCAGCGGAGGCGGCAGCCGGCGAGAGCUACCGCCAGACCCGACAAGAGCGGUAGAGGCAGUCGUCGACCAGUGCCGGUUCCUCCCACCCCGGGCGCUACGGCGGGCCGACGCGUUCCGGGACAAGAUCCGGGAGGAGACGACGCGGCAGUGCGUCACCCCGCUGGGCUGCGCGGCGCUGUACGGGCAUGCGGACGCGGUGUGCGCGCUGGUCGACCGGGGAGGGGCGGAUCUCGAGGCGAUAGAUACCCACAGGCGGACGCCGCUGUUCAAGGCCGUGCGGUACGGGCAUGUGGACGUGAUCAAGGCGCUGCUGGAGCGCGGGGCGAACAGAAAAGCGAGGAACGCGGACGGGCACAGCGUGCUGUGCGUGGCGGUGGAGGAUCAGAGCCCGGAGCUGGUCGAGUGGAUGCUGAGCGAUGAGGACGAGGGCGGCGGGGGGUUUGGCGAGCUGGUGAACGAGCAGAUGGGCGGCUACGGGAACGUGUCGGCGCUGGCCGUGGCGGUGACGGCCCGCGUUGAGAAGGUGCGGAUGAUUGAGGUGCUGCUCAAGCACGGGGCGGAUGUAGCCAGUCGGGACACAGGCGGGUCGAAGGCGCUGAGGCUGGCGGCGGGGUGUGGGACGGUGGCGAGUGCUCGUGUGCUGCUCGAGCACGGCGCACCGGUCGACAGCAGAGAGUCGAGGGGACGGACGGGGCUGGCGGCGGCCGCCGCCGGCGCGCGGGCGGAUAUGGUCGAGCUGCUGCUGGAGUACGGGGCCGAUGUCGAGGCAAGGCACGACGACAUGGCCGGCGAGACACCGCUCAUGGCUGCGGCCCAGCGGAGCGCAACGGAGGUGGUCCGGCUGCUGGUGGAAAAAGGCCGGGCCCGGGUGGACAACGUCGACGACCAAGGCCGGACCGCGCUGACGCAUGCCGUACUCGCCGACCACUCCGACACUGCACGGUACCUGCUCGAGCAGGCCGGCGCCGACGUCGACCCGCAGGACCACAACGGCAUGACGCCGCUCAUGCUGCUCCUGCGCGACACUUAUCCCAACGACGCGGCUGUCGAGAAGGCCAAGCUGCUCCUCGCCCACGGGGCGCGCGUCGACAGGGGAUCUGGGCAACAAGGGAACGGGCCGACGCCGCUCGCGUGGGCGGUCGAGAAGGCUAUGGUGUACCGUGACGAGCCGCUACCGGCGUCGCUGGAGCUGAUGCGGAUGUUGGUGCUGGCAGGUGCCGACCCCCGCGCCCCGGACGACCGUGGGCAGACGCCGCUGUCGCUGGCGGGCUCUUCUAGCCUGGCGGAGCAUCUGUUGCGCGUCUCUGCCGAGGCUGGUUCCGCCAGGUAGUCAAUGCUGUCAGUGAAGAAGUUGAGCGCUCUGGUGGGCGAUCAGCAUGAGGACUGCGUGCUUACAACACUGCGUACAUAUACCCUUAGAAUGUCACGAUGGGUGAAACGGAGGCUGGCAGGGCGUAUCACCAGCUCCUCCUUUUCAUCACUACACAAUACAAGUUUAUUGUCUGAGCUUUUGUUCAUUGUGACUGAUUUGUACCAGUGGCAGUUCCGCUCCAUCCCUGUUGCCCAGAGAAUAGACAUACAGUCAC